GAGGGAGGCGAGGGGGAAGUUUGCCGAACGGCCGACUUCGUUGAUUUUCGAGACCACACGUUGCCUUCCUGCUCGAGAUUUUCACGAAUGGAGCUUUUUUCCAAGGAAACGGCCCUCCUGGAUUCUACUGACAAGGCAGCAGGGACCUAAUGAGGCUGAGGACGGAGCUGACCGGCGUGAGCGCCUCCGUGGCCCCGGAGGAGAGGCGCUGAGAAGUCACCUUGCCGGCUGACCCACUCCACUCCCCAUCAGUCCAGCGGCUUCUUCAAGCCCCUGAAAGCAAAAAUCAUGGAUAGCCGGCUCCGUUGAGCAUCUGCACUUAAGGAAUUUCUCUCUGACACGUGUUUCUGGAACAAACACGCCCCUCCUAUUUUUCUCCAAUUUGGCAGGGGUGGAAGUUUUGUUUUUUUAGGGGGGAGUGCGGCGACACCCUUUGACCUGUUUGCUCCUUCAGGAAAAGUUCCUGCCUGUUUUCAUUUUGUAGGACACUUUUAUGUGUUUUAUUCUGUACAAAUAAAAGCUAAGGAUGGGCAACGCAGCUAGCAGUGUGGAGAUGUCUCCAGCAAAGGAGAUUAAAAGUCAACCAUCAGCCUCUUCACCUCUGCCCCCCAAACAGCCUGCGCCCCCCAAACAACCCAUGCCCAGCACUGGGGAACUGGAAGAACGAUUCACCCAUGUCCUGAAUUCUAUGAACUUGCCACCAGACAAAAUGAAGUUACUGAGCCAGUAUGACAAUGAAAAGAAAUGGGAGUUGAUCUGCGACCAGGAAAGAUUCCAGGUCAAAAAUCCACCUUCUGCCUACAUCCAGAAACUGAAGAGCUAUUUGGACACAGGCGCAUUCAGUGGAAAGUUUAAGAGGCGGGUUCAAGAGUCGACCCAGAUUCUUCGGGAGCUGGAGAUAUCUCUGAGAACAAACUAUAUUGGUUGGGUCCAGGAGUUCCUGAAUGAAGAAAACAAGGGUCUUGAUGUGUUGGUGGACUACCUCGCCUUUGCCCAGUGCUCUGUCACGUAUGAUAUGGACAGCACUGACAAUGGGAGCCCAGGGUCCGACAAGGGAAAAGCCCUGGACAGAUCUAUGGAGGACCUCAGCAGAAGCAACUCCUCCCCCACGCAGGGCUCCACCAAAAUGAGGCACCUGACUGUCAGAAUGAAUCUGGCACACAGCAGGAAGGCGCUGCGGAACUCACGCAUUGUCAGUCAAAAGGAUGACGUUCACGUUUGCAUCAUGUGCCUCCGUGCCAUCAUGAAUUAUCAGUCUGGGUUCAGCCUUGUGAUGAACCAUCCAGCUUGUGUCAAUGAGAUCACCCUGAGCCUCAACAAUAAGAACCCCAGGACUAAAGCCCUUGUCCUUGAACUGCUGGCUGCUGUUUGCUUAGUCCGAGGAGGGCACGACAUCAUCCUGGCAGCUUUUAACAACUUCAAAGAGGUCUGUGGUGAGAAGAACCGCUUUGAAAAGCUGAUGGAAUAUUUCCGAAAUGAAGAGACCAACAUAGAUUUCAUGGUGGCUUGUAUGCAGUUCAUCAAUAUUGUGGUUCAUUCAGUAGAGAACAUGAAUUUCCGUGUCUUCUUGCAAUAUGAGUUCACACAACUGGGAUUGGAUGAGUUCUUGGAGAAACUGCGUGAUACAGAGAGUGACAAGCUGCAGGUGCAAAUCCAAGCCUACCUGGACAACAUCUUUGAUGUGGGUGCCCUGCUAGAGGACACUGAAACCAAAAAUGCCGUUCUGGAGCAUGUGGAGGAGUUGCAGGAGGAAGUUGGACAGCUCACAGAGAAACUUCAGAAUACAGAAAAUGAAUCCAUGGCCAAGGUUGCUGAGCUAGAGAAACAGUUGUGCCAGUCACGCCGUGAGCUGGACGCCCUGAGGGCAAGGACAACAGGUGAUGAGCAGAACAAACAGGAACAAGUGAGUCAGAGGACCCCAGCUUUGCUACAAAUGCAGCAGACUCAAGCGACAGGACAAUCCCCAGAGUAUUCUGCCCUGGAGCGCAAACUGGAGGAGCUAGAAGACAAGGGACUAAUCCGGAUCCUGCGUGGACUUGAUGGCAAAGCCAUCAUGGAGAUUGAGGUCAUCCCUGUCAUUGUGGAAACUGUGGCUCCAUCCUCGGUUCCCACUGAAGCAUCGUCAUCCACCAGCACAGAUUUACCUUCACCAUCCACAUCUCCUGUUCCUUCUGCUCCAGAAAUUCCACCACCCCCACCUCUGCCCGUCAUCGGAGACAGUGGCUCCACUGUUCUUCCAGUCUCACAAGAGGAAAGCUCACCACCUCCCCCUCCUCCUCCUCCCCCUCCUCCUCCAGCGCCACCCCUUCCUGUAUCCAGUUCCCCACCACCUGCCCCACCACUUCCUGCGGCAGAAAAUGUGCCCCCUCCGCCACCCCUCCAGGUGCUAGAUGGCCCAAUUCCUCCACCCCCUCCCCCUCCACCAAUGGGUGAUGGAGCAAAUCUGCCAGGAAUCAGAGUUAGUCCAGCUGUCAAGAUCAAGAAGCCAAUCCAGACCAAAUUCCGUAUGCCUGUCUUCAACUGGGUGGCUUUGAAGCCUAACCAGAUCAGUGGGACCGUGUUCAACGAUCUUAAUGACGAAAAGGUCCUUCAGGAGCUUGAUAUGAAUGACUUUGAGGAAAGAUUCAAAACCAGAGCUCAAGGCCCUAGCCUGGAGAUAAGUUCCUUGAAGGCAAAGUCCUCUCAGAAGGCCCCCAGUAAGGUGACACUGAUUGAAUCCAACCGGGCGAAGAACCUAGCUAUUACACUCCGUAAGGGACAGCUCUCCAUCGCUGGCAUUUGUAAAGCCAUUCAGACAUAUGACCAACAAUCUCUUAGUCUUGAUUUUCUGGAGUUGUUGAUGCGCUUCAUCCCUACGGAAUAUGAACUGGUGUUGAUCCAUAAGUAUGAGAAGGAGCAGCGUCCACUGGAUGAGCUUUCGGACGAGGACCAGUUCAUGAUUAAAUUCAGCAGAAUUCCUCGGCUGACAGAACGCAUGAACAUCAUGAUCUUCCUUGGCAAUUUUGGAGACACAGUGCAGCUCCUCCUCCCGCAGCUGAAUGCUGUCAUCGCUGCUUCGAUGUCACUCAAGGCUUCUACCAAACUGCGCCAGAUUCUGGAGAUUGUCCUGGCAUUUGGAAAUUACCUGAACAGCAGCAAACGGGGAGCAGCCUAUGGGUUCCGGUUGCAGAGUCUUGAUGCGCUCCUGGACAUGAAAUCAACAGACCGGAAGCAGACGCUACUUCAUUACAUAGUGCGGGUGAUACAGGAGAAAUAUCCUGAACUCACAAACUUCUCCAGUGAACUACACUUCCUGGACAAAGCAGGGACAGUAUCACUAGACAGUGUGCUCCAAGAUGUUCGAGGCUUACAGAAAGGCAUGGAGCUAACACGCAAGGAAUUCAUGCGUCAAGAUGACAGUGCUGUGCUCAAGGAUUUCCUCAAGGUGAACACAGAGGUGAUGGAAAAACUCCAGGCAGACAGCAAAACUGCCCAGGAAGCCUACGAGUCAACAGUGGAGUACUUUGGGGAAAAUGCCAAAACCACCCCUCCAACCAUGUUCUUCCCCACGUUUAUGCGCUUUAUCAAGGCAUACAAGAAAGCAGAGGAAGAUAUCCAGCUGUGGAGGAAGCAAGAAGCAGCAGCCAAAGAGGAGCAGUCGGAGCCUGCCAGCAAAGAGGAACCAGCCGCUCCCAAGUCACCCACCCACAAAGCCAAGAGGCAGCAAAUGGACCUCAUUGCUGAACUGAAGAAGAAGCAGCUGGUGAAGGAACCCCUCAUUUAUGAGGAGAAAGAUGGUGCCAUUGAGGACAUUAUUACAGGCCUGCGGAAUCAGCCGUACCGACGGGGGGACACCGGGCGGCACAGUGGCAGGAAACGGAUCACUGGGCAGACCCUGCAAGUGACCGCUGACAUCUCGCUGUGACAGCCACAAAUGGGAAGAGUCAAGAUAAUCACAUCUCGGUUGGGGCAGUGUGUGAGACAAGAACUCGGGGUUCAUCAACAAUGGUCCUGGACCAAAAACUCCUCCUACCACCAAGGCAUGAAAUGGUCUCAGGGCAGGAUGACUUUCCCUCUGCAAUUUUCCAAGCCAUUUGUGGGCUUUGCACGUGCAAGUCCUGCUGGUUAUGCUGCCCACUGCUUCAGUUUGAACUUGCACAAUGUACUGGAUACAUUUGAUUUUCUCAUCCUGGAAUUACUGUGGGGAAAGAGCCUACACUCUGUGCUACACGGACAGGAUAUGGUGCUAGAAGGCAACUCAGGCCACUCCAAAUCAACAGCAGGCACCUUUCAGUCAAGAAUCUUUGUGACUGCGGCCUCCUUUUAAACAAGAGGAAACUGAACAAGAUCUAGAUUCCUCCUUACCACUAAUCUUUUCACACAGCAUAUUCUGCUUUCUUUCCCCACCUCAUUUAGCCAGGCCCUUUAUUCUGCUUAUUCCUCUUGCUCCAACUCUUGCCUAGAGAUGUUGGACAGUUUUCAGGUUGAUUUUUUUCCAAGUGAGAUAAAAAGUACUGUUUAUCAGUACCCCUAUGUUUUUAGAAAGGUUGCUAUUCAGGAAUGUGUAACCUCAGGAUCAUUUAAGCCAUUAAAAAAGAGGUGCAGGAGAGCUACCAAGCCCCAGAAGAGCUUUGAGUUGCUUUUGGAUGAUACCAAGUAUCCCUGCAGAGAACAGCAUCCAGCUCCAAAAUACUUGCUACCUUCCCUGGAGGUUUCAGAGCAGUUUCAACACUGCAGGACUCAGACUGUGGGCAGCAACUCGGGUUUGAUAACAGACUGAUUUAGCAUGAGUGGCAAUAGCCUGUUUUAUUCUCCCAAGCCAUGACAUUGCACAGUGAACAGGAGCCUACAGACAGGCCAGGCCUGCUGCUCCCAUAAAAUUGGAGCACAUCUUAAAUCCCCAGUGUGGCUGUUCUAUUAGUAGAUAGCUUAGGAAAGAGAAACAAGGAUGCCCACUAUCUGUCUCUGUCUAGCACACUUGUGUGCAGUUCAUCUCUGCUUCACAUCAUGGCCACAUUGCUGCCCUUUACAUGCAAACUGGGCAGUGACUGAGCAAAUGCAGGUGGCCUAUUUGAGUCACUUGAGUCUCCCUCCUCUCACAAAGGCUUUCCAGAGCAGUCAGGAAUCAUCUGAAGUUUGCCUGGAUAGAGUGCUGGAGCAAAGGUAUUCCUGCUACUAAGGAGAAAGCAGGAUUGGAAGCUUGAGAUUUCCUCAUGACAGUACAUUUUAUUUCAGCAGGAAGACCGGCAGCCAUUCCUGAUGUUGGUGGACUGCAGCUCACAUCAUCUUACAAGGUCAGAUGAGCAGUUCAGUAACAUCAGUGGGUCCACACAUUCCCCACCACUGCAUUUAAGUAUUGAAAUAAUGUGGCUUCCUCUUCAACACAACCAUCUGCUGCAGGGUGCAAGCUUGGUCAAGGGCACAGAAUCUCAGGAUUUAAGUAUUUCGCACAGGUGCCCCUUGGCCACUUUUUAAACCAACUUGCUGUGCUGCAACGAGUCUCAGAAGUUUUGUGACAAUCAAACUAAGACACUGGAGUUGUUCUUUUUCUUGCCACAAGGAGUUGCCCUUUUCUGUGGGAUUCUCAACUUGAAGGCAUUGCCCAGGGUACUGCCAUUGAAUUCAUUGUGUGGGAACACGUCUGCAUAAAAUCCAGCAUUAAAUGAAUUGUCUAAAGAUUUCUACACCAUAAUGCCGCUGUACUUAUAGUUAGACAAACUCCAUUUAGCAACCUUACUCUGUGUAGAUCUCACCAUGUAAUGGCUCUGCAGCCAUGCACUUUCCUUCUCAUUGGUCUUAUGGCUCAUUCCCCUGCUCCUUAUUGGGGAGUGGGAACACAUGAUAAAAACAGCAAAAGGUCUCUGGGGGAAAAGGUGUGCCUAUCCAUCUGUGCAAAGAGCACAUUCACUGAAUGCAAUCUUACUGUAGCCUGGCACAAAUCCAUCCCACUUGGGGCAGUGUGUACCUGUAGAGAUAGUGGUAUGCAAAGAGCUGCAGCCAAGUUGCAUGCCUUUCACCCUCUUUCUGCAUGCAGGUCUCAGCAGUAAGUAAUACAACUGAUGUUGACAUACAUUCCCAACCGUUUCUGAACAUCGAGUUUCAGCUCGAUGGAAGAAAACCCUUCCAUAUUACCCUGCUCAAGUCUUGAAACUACAUGCCUGCUUAGUAGUCCUGAUUUUAGAUUUAGGCUACCAUUGCUUUCUCCUGUAACUUAAAAGAGGCUAAAAUGAUAAUAGCAUAGGAGCAUACACUCAGCAUAGCAACCUCACACACUGAUUUAUCACACCAUGAAGUGGGAGGGUGGUGGGAGGGGGGGUAGAGAAUUGAAUGUGCAACCUGUUGUCUUUUAAAAUGCCUUGAACCAUGGAGGGGAAGACCACAAUGGCAUAUGAUUGCUACUUUGUAUACAUUAUUUUUAUAUUUUUUGUGAGUUACAUUUACUCCAAAGCAAAACAACA